GAAAAACUUGUCACGUGAGACGGUGCACUAGCACUGGUGCGUCUGUAGACCAUGAGCUGCUUCUCAAAUGCUUGAGACAAAUGGAAGCUCUCAGGAUGGCUUUUGUACUUACCGUCCUCCGACUAACUGGUUUGGUGUUUGGUCUAAUUGUAGUCACGUGCAUUGCUUCUACGCUCUCUGACACGUACGGCAAUGACGUUCUCAGAAUCAGAGUGUGCUACUUUGACCAUCAAGACGGUGCCUGCGAUUUUGGCAUGUGGCUCGCUGACUGUGCUGGUAGCUGCCUUGAUUUGUGGUUUUGACUUUGUGGGAAGCCACAGUGCGGCCGUGCAGCAAUUUCGGCAAAUUGUUCUCUUAGUGAGCAGCGGAGUGGCAGUCCUCAUCUCAAUUAUGUGGCUUGUCUGUUUUGUCAUUUUGAGGAAGCUGUGGAACGAGGGACUUGGAAAUGACCUUCCGGAUGAGUACAAGAGAUUGGGGCAGACAACCCUAGCUUUUAGUUUACUUUCUAUUCCUUUAUGGGCUGCUGUAGGUUUUCUAGCAUUUCGAAGUAAUACUGCUGCUUCUCAAGCGAAGUCAAAUUUCAGCUGACAAAAUGUUUAUUUCCCUUUUUAACUUGACUGUAUGACUUAGUGUCUACUCAUUUUUUGGAGUAAGUGUACAGAGGCGUAGAGCAUUUUUGGAGGCAAGCGAUUCAGUUGAUGAUACUCUGGAUGUGUUUAUUGGCUAGAGUAUGCUCUCAGGAUUCUUUCUUACAACACACUUGAGUGUCUGG